UCCCCUCUCCCUCCAGGAAAACAGGAUGCUCAGGGAGCAGCUUUUCCUCCCCUAGCCUCGCCCACUUCCCUUCUCACCGGUGCCGCCCGCCCUGUCCCGGGAUCCGUGCCCGUCGUAGGGUCCCGAUCGUUCCCCGAUACAUCCCCCUUGGGACCAGAAGGCAAAUUCCUGUGGGUCCCAGGAGUGCCAAAAGUGCUCAGCGAGACGGGAAAUUGCAACAGUACUGGCCCCUCGGCCCUCCCCCGGAGCCUUCCCGUAACUCCCGCCCCUGGACACUUGCCCCGCAGCUGAUUCAUAGCUCGGGCGCGGGGCCGCCUCCAUACGCCGGGACAGACGUCCGCGCCCGUACCCCUGUGAGGCCGAGGACAGGCCAGGCUCCGGAGCAGGUCGCCAGGCGGGUGAGUACGGACCCGUGCGUCCGCGCUGCCCGUGCGCUGCCUCCAUCGCUUCCCCGACCGGCGAGCCCCAAGCUUUGGUGCCCCGCAGCCUCUGCUCUGUCCUGCUGUUAGUUUUGCCUCCCGAGAAGACUGCACUCUCAGGGGCCACAAGAGGUGUGUCAGAAAAGUGCGGCCUAAUUGAUAAUCAGACCAAUGGCUUUCUCUGUGGUCCUUCAUCAAGCCUUCCUCCUGGCAGUGUUGUCCCUGAGAACAUCCCAAAGUGAAGUCUUGGGGGAGCCUUUACCACUGACUCCUGAGAUACAAACAGUGUCUAUUCAAUCUGAACUUCAAGAAGUGAAUUUAGAGUGGACUGUCCCAGCCCUCGCUCAUCAAAAAUUAAACAUGAUAUUUCAGAUAGAGAUCAGUAGACUGAAUACAUCCAACAUCAUCUGGGUGGAGAAUUAUAGUACCACUGUGAAACGUGAAGAAGCUGUGCGUUGGAACUGGAUGUCUGAUAUUCCCUUGGAGUGUGUCACACAUUUCAUAAGAAUAAGGGCUCUGGUAGAUGAUACCAAGUCCCCUCCACAGAGGUCCUGGGGCAACUGGAGUUCCUGGAAAGAAGUUAGUGUACCAGUUUCAGUUGAACCUGAUACAUUAUUAUUAUUUCCUGAAGACAAACUUUUGGAAGAAGGCUCCAAUAUCACCAUCUGUUUGAUGUAUGGGCACAAUCUAUACAAUGUAUCCUGUAACUUGCAAGAAGAGCCCAUCCAUGGAGAACAACUUGAUUCACAUGCAUCAUUAUUAAAAUUGAAUAAUGUAGCUUUCCUUAGCAAUACAGGGACAAAUAUCAAUUGUCAAGCCAUGAAUGGUACUAAAAACCCAUUUGGUACUGUUCUCUUUGUCUCAAAAGUGCUCGAGGAACCCAAGAAUUUUUCCUGUGAAACCCAAGACUUUAAGACUUUGGACUGUUCAUGGGAACCUGGGGUAGAUACAACUUUGGCUUGGUUUCAACGGAGUUUCCAAAUCUACACUUUAUGUGAAUCGUUCUCCAAGAGAUGUGAGGUUUUUAACUACAUAAACUCCUAUACCUGGCAAAUCACUGAAGACUCACAGGAAACAUAUAACUUCACUCUCACAGCUGAAAACAAACUAAGGAAAAGAAGUGUCAACAUCAAUUUUAACCUGACCCAUAGAGUUCAUCCAAAGGCUCCCCAGGUCAUCACCCUUAAAACUAUAGGUGCUACAAAAGCCAACAUGACUUGGAAGGUUCAUUCCCGUGGAGACAACUACACACUUUUGUGUCAGGUUGAACUCCAAUAUGGAGGAGAAGUGAUACAUGAGCACAAUGUUUCUGUCCGCACAAGUGCAAACUACCUCUUCAGUGAUCUGGUGCCAGACACAGAGUACAAGGCUUGCGUGCGCUGUGCAAGUGCCAACCACUUCUGGAAAUGGAGUGACUGGACCCAAGAAGAGUUCAGCACACCCGAGGCUGCCCCUUCACAGGCUCUUGAUGUGUGGAGACAAGUCUUGUCAGAGAAUGGAAGACGUGCUGUGACCUUGUUCUGGAAGCCACUAUUAAAAUCACAGGCCAAUGGCAAAAUCAUAUCCUAUAAUAUAGUUGUAGAAAAUGAAGCCAAACCAACUGAGUCAGAACACUACUCUGUUCGGCCACCAGCCCUUAGCACAAACCUGAGCCUUGACCUGCAUCCUUACAAGAUUCACAUCACAGCCAACAACAGCGCGGGAGCAUCUCCUGAGUCCUUGAUGGUCCUUUCUAAUGAUUCUGGACAUGAAGAGGUCCAGGAAAAAACAAUUAAAGGUAUAAAGGAUGCAUUCAAUAUUUCUUGGGAGCCUGUAUCUGGAGAGACGAUAGGCUAUGUUGUGGACUGGUGUGCACACACUCAGGACCAACACUGUGAUUUGCAGUGGAAGAAGCUCGGUCCCAAUACCACAAGUACCGUCAUCACCUCAGAUGAUUUUAAACCAGGGGUCCGUUACAACUUCAGAAUAUUUGAAAGAUCUGUGGAACAGAAUGUUCGGUUAGUAGGGAAACAAAAAGGAUAUACCCAGGAACUGGCUCCUACAGUGAAUCCAAAAGUGAAGAUUCCUAUCUUGACCCCUAACUCCUUCGUUCUAAGCUGGCUGGAUUACAGCAGUGACUUUCAGUCUGGUUUUAUAAAAGGGUACCACGUGUAUGUGAAAUCCAAGGAGAUGCAGUGCAACCAAAACUGGGAAAGGACCCUUCUUUCAGAUGAUAAUUCAGUGCUCUGUAAAUAUGACAUCAGUGACUCAGAGACAAAGACACUCACCGUGGAAAACCUUCGGCCAGAGUCCCUCUAUGAGUUUUUCGUCACUCCGUAUACCAGUGCUGGCCCGGGACCCAAUGAAACGUACACAAAGGUCACAACUCCAGAUGCACGCUCCCACAUGCUGCUACAGAUCAUACUGCCCAUGACUGUUGGCAUCUUGCUCAGCAUCAUUGUCUGUUACUGGAAAAGCCAGUGGGUGAAGGAGAAGUGCUAUCCUGACAUUCCCAAUCCAUACAAGAGCAGUAUCCUGUCACUCAUAAAAUCCAAGAAGAAUCCUCACUUAAUAAUGAAUGUCAAAGACUGCAUUCCAGAUGUCCUUGAAGUUAUAAACAAAGCAGAAGGCAGCAAGCCACAGUGUGUAGGCUCUGGGAAACUUCACACUGAAGAUAUCCCCAGCAAGCCUCCAUCUGUGCCAAUAGAAAAGGAUUCCUCUGGCCCUGUGCCCUGCGUCUUCUUUGAGAAUUUUACUUAUGAUCAGUCAGCUUUUGAUUCUGGUUCCCGUGGCCUCAUUCCAGGACCCCUAACAGACACAGCACACCAACUUGGACUAUUGGCCCCACCUAACAAGUUACAGAAUGUAUUAGAAAGCAACUACAUGAAGUCCCUGGUCGAAAGUCCGACUGAAGAAACUAGCUUGAUUUAUGUGUCCCAGCUGGCUUCACCCAUGUGUGGAGAGAAGGACAGGCUUGCUAUGAAUCCACCCAUGCCAGUGCAUGGCUCAGAGUAUAAAAAGCAAAUGGCAGUUCCAGGGAGCCUCACAUCACCUUCUCUGAAGGAGAAUAACAACUUGACCUCAAUGAUCCUCUUAGGCCAAGGCGAACAGUAAGGACUAAGCAGCACCAAUGCACUCCACACACUACAGGCACUUUGGGGGAUGUAGCUGGGGGGUACCAUGCUAACACCACAUGCCCUGGCCUUUGGUUCCAGGGGGCUGAGGCAGGGGCUCAUUAUCUCCAGUACUGAUUUAUCAACGAUCACUACAGACUGACAGAUUGAAGACCAGAACUAUACAAUACGGUAUCCACCCUGCAGGCUUCCUUAGAAAUGGCAGGAUCCCGGAGCAUGCUGACCUUGCUAUUAUUUGAUGCAGGUUCACUCUUAUUGAGAUAGCCCUGAGCUUGCCAUAGGGUAUAGUCAUUUCACAGAGCCUACCUCCUCAAAAGUGCACGAAGGUGUGGUCUCAGGAUUUUGGUUUGCAGUGAGAAAACAUCUUCAUGUAAACUUAACCUCAUGCUUAAUAGUUUAUGGGUAAAUAAAACAAGUGGGUCAGAUGUUUUGAUGAAUGCCACAAGAGACUGGUUACUUUUAGUGUGUAGAUUUAUUAUACUUAAUAGAAAGGUUACACACUAGAUUUUGGCCAUACCUUGAAAUGAGAACUUGCAAUGAUAAAGUAAAAAGAACUGUCUUCAUGUCUACACUGAAACUAACCAAUCAGAUGUGCGAAUGGACAGGAGACUCUUCACAGGUCUCCUGCUGACUAGCUUACUGCAGUAAAACAGGAUUGCAGUGAGCUCGAGACUUGCUGUCCAUGUGACUGCACCCUGUUCAAUAGACUCCAAUCUUCCUCUUUAGUUUUUACUACCUCAGAACAGAAAAAAAAAAAAAAGGACAUUUCAUUGAGUGAUGCCUUUUACAUAUAAUAAACUCCACCCCCUGGUCCCCAAGCUGUAUCUAAAUGACCUAUUUCAUGAGCUAAUCUCUGCUCUUUACACUCUUGGUUGUCUGGUGCAAGAGAAGUCUCUCUCACAUUCCUGUUGUGCUAAAAUAUUAUAGCCCCAGUACUGGGUAUGGUUUAGCUAGAACUUUAAACUGUAGAAGUCAGUUGUGUUGGACCUAAAGCAUGUCUUUUGACAAAAUACACUUGGUUCUAACUGUGGGUUCCACAUCAAGAUUCAACCAAGCUCAGAAAGAAGAUAUUCAGAAAAAAAAAUUGUCUGUACUAAAUUCAUAAAUUUUUCUUGUUAUUCCUUAAAUAAGGUAUUAACAAUUUAUAUAGCACUUACACACAUCAGGUAUUAGGCCACAGCAUGGAGGAAUACUCACUGUAUACAAUGCUAUUUUUAGGUUAAGGCCUGAACUUCUGCUGAUUUCAGUAACAGCACAGCUCCUGCAAUCAAGUCCUGGAAAGUACCCUAAAGGAAUGACUCUAUGUAACAGCUGAACACAUAUGUUGGUUCCUUCCUCUUAAUGCUUGUCACAUUGCAGAAAAAGGUAGAGAGGUGUUCCUUGUGUGGUUAGCUAAGUGUAGUAGCAAUGAUGACUUUGUGCAUAUGUGUGGCUGUUAAAUGCAUGUGCUAUGGCAUGUGGCUAUAGAACAUAAUAACAGCAAGCACAAAUGUUCUACACAAGCUGUCCAAUCUUCUCUUUAUAGAAUAUCAAGCCUUUGCUAGAAAACAUGGCUACAGCCUAACCUAGGACCAGGCAGUAUCUUGAAUAGUUGAGGUGGAGAAGACUGCUCAGUAUUGCAAAUACCCUGUUUACGUUUUCCUGUCAAUGGAUUUCUCAGUGGAAACUUGCACCCAGAAAUGUUAAUGACAUUGAUUUGUGAUACUUCUUUCAUUUCAAUUUUGUUUAAAAAAUAAUCCACAAAACAUUAUUUUUGUUGUUUCAAUAAAGUCCAAAUUAAAACA